AAUUGGCUAAUCGUAUGAUUAAAAAAGAAAAGGCAAAAACAAAACAAGGGAGAAAACUAUAGUCCAAAAAUGAAAAUAGAGGGAAAGAUUUUUUUUUUUUGUUACAAAAAAAAAAAAAAAAAAAAAAAAAAAAAAGAGGGAAAGAUUUUUUAAGUAGAAGUACAAACCUCUCAAUAAAUACAACCAAUUCCUCUCCUCGUCUCUUCACAUCAACAAAUCAGAGAAAAUAACUCUUUAACAAUGGGCGAGUUCGUGGAAGGAGAUUUGGUUGAAGUAUGCAGCAAAGAAGAUGGUUUACUUGGGGCCAAGGUAUUGUCCAAGCUUCCCCACGGAUCUUUCUACAAUGUUGAGUACAAGAACCUUGUGACAGAAGGUGAAGACCCUCAGCCGUUGGUAGAAACCAUCUCCGCCGACGAAAUCCGUCCGAUGCCACCCAAGUUAUCUCGGCCGUCGAUGUUUAGCCUCCAUGAUAAGGUUGAUGCUUUUGACUUAGACGCGUGGUGGUUCGGAGGGAUCACCGGUCAAGAAGGCGAUACGUACUCCGUUUACUUUCCAACGACCAACGAUGUGUGCAAGUACCCACUUCAACGUCUCAGAAGGCAUCUCGAAUUUGUCAAUGGUCAAUGGGUUCCUUCAACAACAAGGCAACGAUGAGCUUCUUAGAUUCUCCUAUGUUUCUGGGUCACUAGUUAUUGGUCUUGAUAAUCUGCAACGUUUCUUGCAGUAAUCGUGUUGUUCUCUCUUUAUAUCGGUUUCCAGAAAAUGGUUGCUCUCUCCUCAAGACGUCCAAAUAAAAUCGGUAAACGACUUCUACAACAAAUCGCUAGCCCUAGAAAGUUUGACCAUUUUUUAUUAUCAUUAUAUUAAAUCGUUAAAAGAUAAUAUAUGAUUAUUAAAUGUGGUAUUUUCAUCAUAGUAGUCUCCAAGAGUAAUAUGAAUAAUCAUCGAAGAGCAAAAGUGAAACCAUUUUGAAGAAUAUCGAUCAAAAUAUAAUAAAUCAAAAAGUUUAUAGUGGCUCUUAAUUUCUUAUGGAGUAAUAAAGAUUCUAGAGUAUAAAUUUUAAUUAUCGACUAGAUUUUGACCCGCGCUUCGAAAGCGCGGGUUUUAUGGGUUAUAUACGAAGUUGGAUAUGAGAUAGUAUUUUUGAGUAUAUUGUGUACUAUUAUGUUAUAAAGUCGUAUUAUAUCGAAUAGAGAAAUUUGUUUAAAAUUAUAUAUCUUAUGAAUAAGUUUAUUCGAGAUUUUUUAUAUACAUUCUUAUGUAACUCUUUCUUAAGUAAGAAAAUUUUACCCAAAUUUGACAAACGAACAAACCAAUACGAAAUACAGGUUGAGGUUCGGGAUUAGGAAAAAGUACCUAUUAGAUUUUUUUAGACAUGCGGGUCUCUGUUGGACUCCGGGUACUCAAAGUACCGAGAAUGUUUUGUUCAUAUUAUGUAUAUUUUAGUAAUUCAUAUAUGUUCUCAGUAUAAAAAUAUUAUUGUAAAUUUUGGAUUCACGUUUUCUGUUAUAGCUUCAGGUUUUGGGUAAAAAAUUUCAAUUUUAAAAAUAUAUUUAAAAUAUUAGAUAUUUUUGGUUCUCGGGUAAGAUUUUGGUCUUUUAGAUAUUUAGUUAUUUCUCGUAUUUGUUUGAUUUUGGGUAUUUUCGUGUUUUGAUUUUUUGGCUUUUCGGAUUCUUUAGAUCUUUUUGUCCUAAAUACUCGAACCGAGCUAGACUCAUUACGUAGCCAAAUUACAUAGUAAAUUUUACAGAUACUUGAAUUAUUGACUUAAACUGACCAGGAACUAAAAGGGACCGAUCUGAACAAAAAUAAUAAUUCAAAUGCCUAGUUGGAUAUAAAUGUCCAAGACCCAAAGAACUUGGACCUGAAAGAAACCGAUUUAUAUUUGACCCGAAGACCCGAAUGCCCAAAUCUAACGUCCUUUCUUUAUAUUUUUGUGCAUUUUAUAAAAAGGUACAUUUGUUCGGUUGGUGAAACUUAAGAUUUAUUUGAGAGGUUUUUGGCUAAUUUAAUAGUAUAGAUUUGUAGGUUUUUGUUGAGCAGUAAAAAAAAAAAUUUGUUGGGUUUUUGAUAAUUUUAAACUUAUCUUAAAUACUAAAUUGUUAUUUAUCAAUAAAAUAAAAUUAACAUAUUAUAUAAUUUUUCAACUUAUCUUAAUUAUGAAGUUAAUGAAUCAUAUUUAGAGAAGAGUAUAAUAAAGUGUACGUGAUAUUAUAUUUUCGUGAACCAAAUUUAUGUGGUCGUGUAUAUAUAGUAUAAUCUUUUCGUUUACAAAAAGAUAUGGGUCCAAAAAAUAAAAGUUUUGACUAAAUGAUUGUUAGAGAAAUUUAAGGUAACAUAUUGUUUGUCCAAAUCAAAGUAACACCAAAAUAUUAUUAGUUAAAGAAAUGGUCCAAACAACUUUUUUAAGUAGAUUUAUUAAAACUCAUUCACUUUUAAUAGUAUUGAUU